CAACUGUCCCGUCCCCGUGCAAACAAACCGACAUUUUAGGAGGGAGGCUGAUAAUAAUUCCCUCUUAAAAACGGAAAAAAUGAAGUAAUACAACGCCACGUAAACCAACUUCUAUAUCGUCGCCGGGAGAAAAGAACCGACCCGAGAACCUUCCGAUGGGUGUCCACGGCCUAUGGGAACUGCUGGCCCCCGUCGGCCGGCGAGUCUCCGUCGAAACCCUCGCCGGGAAAAGGCUCGCAAUUGACGCGAGUAUAUGGAUAAUACAGUUCAUGAAGGCUAUGCGAGACGAGAAGGGAGAGAUGGUUCGAAAUGCACACGUACUGGGAUUUUUCCGCCGAAUUUGCAAGCUUCUUUACCUCAGGACCAAGCCGGUUUUCGUAUUUGACGGUGGUACGCCAUCUCUUAAGCGGCGGACGGUCAUUGCGCGCCGCCGCCAGCGGGAGAAUGCCCAGGCUAAGAUCAGAAAGACUGCUGAGAAAUUGCUGCUCAAUCAGCUUAAGCAAAUGAAGUUGAAAGAGUUGGCAGCAGACCUUGAGAAGCAGAGGCAGGAGAAUGACGUGAAGGGUAAAAAACCCAUUGUAGAUACACCAAGCAGUGAGAAGGAAGAGGAGAAGGAAAAAUUAAAUUCCAAUGUGUUUGCCAGUCUGAAUCAGGAAGAAUUGGACGCUAUGCUAGCGGCCUCUCUUGCUGCGGAGGAGAAUGACGGUGUUACUAAUAAUGCAUCAACAUCAGGUGCUGGGGUUGAGGAUGACGAAGCUCUUUUUGUAGAUGAAGAAGAGGAUGAUGAAGAUGAAGAAAUGAUACUACCAGAGAUGCAUGGAAAUGUUGAUCCUGCAGUCUUGGCUAGUUUACCUCCGUCCAUGCAACUUGAUCUUCUUGUUCAGAUGAGAGAGAGACUGAUGGCCGAGAACAGGCAGAAGUAUCAGAAGGUGAAAAAGGCACCGUCAAGGUUCUCAGAACUUCAGAUAGAGUCUUAUCUCAAGACAGUUGCUUUCCGCCGUGAGAUAGAUGUUGUCCAAAAGGCUGCUGCCGGGAAAGGAAUAGGUGGCGUGCAGACUUCACGCAUUGCAUCUGAGGCCAAUCGGGAAUAUAUAUUUUCCUCGUCAUUCACCGGAGACAAACAAGCCUUUAUGUCUAUUGGCCAAGAGAGAUCUGAAGCCAGCCAAAAUCGGGCCCCACCAGCAAAAUCUUCCACCAGUGCUGUCAAUGAAAUUCUUUCAAGUAGAAAAUCCCAGGGUGCAGCUGAACCGACUUCUGCUGCUGAAACAGGAAAAAAAAGUUUUCACGAAGAUGUCGAGACUUAUGUGGAUGAGAGAGGUCGUUUGCGAGUCAGUAGGGUGAGAGCACUAGGGAUUCGUAUGACUCGAGAUCUGCAGAGGAAUUUGGAUCUAAUGAAUGAGAUUGAUGGGGAUAAAGCAGGCACGAGUCAGGAAAAAAAUAGUAAAUCCGUUGGAAAUAAAAAUCCAGUUGAUAUCCUGGACAAUGCAUUUGAUGAAACCCGUCAUCGAGAAGUUACUGAUAAGAAUAAUGAUGUAACAAAGGAGGGCUCUUUAGAGAUUUCGUUUGAGGACACGCUGCAUAAUGAAAACAAAAAUGAAAAUGACGAUGAUAACAUAUUUACUCGUUUGGUGGCUGGAGAACCAGUAAAGGACUUCUCUCAAACUUCAAAUCCGGACUCGGAUAAUGAAUGGGAGGAAGGAGUAAUUGAAGACAAAAGUCUUUGUGAAGGGGGACUGGCUGACGAGGAAGACAUUGAGUGGGAGGAUGGAGGGUUUCGAGAUAGUGAAUUGAAGGCAUCAUAUGAGGUCCAGAGAACUGUUGUGACAAAGGGUGUUCUAGAAGAAGAAGCUAAUAUUCAGGAGGCUAUAAGAAGAAGUCUUGAGGAUACAAGACGUCAUGAAUUGAUUAAUGGCUUCCUAGAAGGCAACAUGGUAUCAGAAGGUGGUGAUGAAGAGAUGGUAAAUGAGGAUGAAAAUCUGGGGUUUGGUAAUGAAGGGGAACAAGAAGGGCCUGAGACUGAAGCCUCUGGAGUAACAAAAGGUUCUCUGGAAGGAGAAGAUAAUAUUCAAGAGGCAUUAAUUAUAAAUCUUGAGGAUACUGGGAGUCGUGAAUUAAUGAGUGACUUUCACGAUGAUAAUGUCAUAUCAAAAGGUGGAUAUAGAGAGAUGGUUAGUGAGGAUGAGAAUAGAGUGCUAGUUAAUGAAGAUGAACAAAAAGGGUCUGGGAGUGAAGCCCCAGAGUCCAAUGCAGGCAAGCCAUAUUCAAUUAAUGCCCCCGAGUUGAACUGUAAAGGGGUGAAAUCUGCUGAAUUUGUUGAAUUUACAGAAUUGAAUCCCAUAAAAGAAAACUCAAAACCUGAACAGGAGGAUGGAUCGUCUACUUUCGAAAAGCAGUCAUUGAACAUUCUCAGUGAAGGUGGCCUUGCAUUGAGUUCGUCUUCAGCUCCUGCUCAAGAAAUGCUUCGCGCAGAAUCAGAUGACCAUGCUUGCAGUGCCUCAGGACUUCAGUUCUCUGCUGUUGAUUCAGUAAUUGGUGUUGAUGGUGCGAAUAAAUUGGCCAAUGAGAAACAAUAUGGUGGCUUUUCAUUGGAAAAGGAGGAAGUUGUGAGGAACAACAAUGAAAUUGACCCAGAAACGGUGGAAAAUAAUCUUGAGGAAGAGAUGCUGUUUUUAGAAAAAGAACGUGAGGAUUUGGGGAGUGAGCAACGUAAACUCGAGAGAAAUUCAGAAUCAGUUAGCAAUGAAAUGUUUGUCGAGUGUCAGGAAUUGCUUCAAAUGUUUGGUUUACCAUACAUAAUUGCACCAAUGGAGGCCGAAGCACAGUGUGCUUUCAUGGAGCUGUCCAACCUUGUUGAUGGUGUGGUGACUGAUGAUUCUGAUGCGUUCUUGUUUGGGGCAAGCAGUGUGUACAAAAACAUUUUUGAUGACCGCAAAUAUGUGGAAACAUACUUCAUGAAGAUUGUUCUUUUAGGACAUUGAGAAUGAGCUUGGGUUAGAUAGAGAGAAGUUGAUACACAUGGCACUGCUUCUUGGGAGCGACUAUACUGAAGGCAUUAGUGGCAUCGGCAUUGUCAAUGCAAUUGAGGUUGUGAAUGCAUUUCCUGGAAAAGAUGGUCUUCGUGAAUUUCGAGAGUGGAUUGAGUCUCCAGAUCCUACGAUUCUUGGUAAAUUAGAUGUGGAUAGCAACUCAAGAAGGAAGGGACCAAAGGGAGGUGAGAAUGUUAAGAGUUGCUCAAGCAGCAAUGUAGAACCUGACAAUGCUGGUGUAAAGCAGAUUUUCAUGGAGAAACAUAGGAACGUGAGCAAAAACUGGCAUAUAAGUUCUUCGUUUCCAAGUGAUGCUGUGAUUUCAGCAUACGCAAAUCCACAAGUGGAUAAGUCUACUGAAGCGCUUGCAUGGGGAAAGCCAGACCUGUUUGUUCUUCGCAAAUUGUGUUGGGAGAAGUUUGGGUGGGGCACGUCAAAAGCUGAUGAGUUGCUGCUACCAGUUUUAAACGAGUACAACAAGCGUGAGACACAGUUGAGGUUGGAAGCAUUCUAUACAUUCAACGAAAGAUUUGCAAAAAUUCGCAGUAAAAGAAUAAAGAAAGCUGUCAAAGAUAUAACAAAAAAUAAACCUUCCGAUCUGAUGGAUGAGAUGGCUCCACAACGUCCCGUGGGCGGGAAAAAAAGAAAAGCGAAGUCCGAUGAAGCCAACCAAUCAGAUUGUGUGGGUGCCAAUAAUGACACAUUGGAAAAUGUAACGGUUAAGCCGAUAAAAAGAAGUCGUACUAAAGAAAAAACUCCAAAAAAAACUAAUUUAUUUGAGUCUGUUGUAAGGAAAGAAACACGUGCAAGGGGAAAACAAAGAGGGAUUAUAAGGAAAAAGACUUCUUCUUGGGAAGAUGCUGAAAUCAGUGGUAGUGAAACUGACGAAGAGAUGCAAUUUGACAAGUCGGGAGAAUCCAGUCAAGUACGAAGGUCAGGACGAGUUAGAAAGACUGUGAACUACAACGUAUCAGACGAUGAAAGUGAUGAAAAAGAUAAUCUCAUAGAAACUCCUCCAAUGGAUGAGGACCCAUUUGUGACUGAAGCUCUCGGCAGCUUUAAUGAGACCAACAAUGGGAGCAAUAUCGAUGAAGAAGGUACGAAUGAUUGGAUUGGUGGUAAAAAUGAUUCUGCAAAAGUUACUCAGGAAAUAACUCGAGAAACAGAUAAAAGCAUGAGUGCAGGUUUAACCCAUGGGAACCAAACUGAUGAGCAAUUCCUCAAGGAGGGCAGUUUAUCAGAGGACUAUCUUCAGUUUGGGGGUGGGUUUUGCGUGGAUGAAGAAGAUGAAGCCUCGAAUGACAAGGAAAAGAAGAUUCCGGAAGAAUCUGACGGUCUCGAUUUAGGCAAUUCUUUGGCUGAGGAAGGAAAUCGUGAACAUGCUGAGAUUAAUGCAGGUAAUGAUGAUUAUGGUUUGCCGGACGAGACUGAGAAUGAUGAUGCUGGGAGCCAUUAUGCAAAGUCUCUUCGCUCCAUGCCGAAUUUGAGAAGAAAGAAGAAGAAACUUUGAGAGGGGCUUUUUUGUUUUGUUUUAUUCUAUUUUUGAGCCAGUUUACCCUUUUGUUACACAUCCUAGAAUGAUUAACACAGUUAAGUUCAAAUUAUGUGCAUUUUUAGUACCUCUAAUAAACGUGCAAUUAGUGCCUGCUGUGUGACUGUGUCCAUCAAAUCCAACUCCAACAGCAAUUUUCUUUCUCGUCAUCAUUUUUCUUUUAUUAUUGUUUUACCACUUUUGGUAUGUAUUAAUCAGACUGUUAAAGGGCGUGAUUGGAUAUAAAAAUUUUCAAUUCAUAUUUUAUUCAA